AUGACAGACACUGUUGCCAAAUAUGAAGAAGAGAAGGAGAUGCUAUUUGCACGCUAUGAAAAACUACGUAAGAAAGAGAAGAGCAUGCUAUCUGAACAUGAGAAAGCUACUGCUGAAAAGAUAGCUCAAUUGGAGGAAUCCCUCAAGAAGAAAAAACAGGAUGACAAAACCUUCAGCAUUUUGAGGAAGAGCCUCGGAUCUUUCCUUGGAAACGCUUCAGAUGAGGACUUUCCCCUUGAUGAGUAA